CCUCCCGCUCAUAGCCCAAUCCAGGGCAAGCCCAGUGGCACGAAAGCGCCCGUGGUUUCCAGAAGGAAUCCGGCGCAGGCGAGCCCAGCGCCCAAACCCGAACAGCAAUAUAUCCCUUUCGUCUCGCGCACCCCCACCUCCCCUCCCGAUCACCCCGUGCGUCGCCGUGCUUCUUCCCCGUCCACUCGCCGCGUCGCCGUCCGCCUCCUCCUCCUCAACCACUCGUCGCCGCGGCCGCCGUCCGCCGGCGUCGCGUCCCUGCAGGCAGACCGGAGAAGGCAGGGGGGUCCGCUGCGAUGGCGCGCGUGUACGUCGGGAGCCUGGACCCUGCUGUGACGGCCCGGGAGCUCGAGGACGAGUUCCGCGUGUUCGGGGUUCUCCGGAGUGUAUGGGUUGCAAGGAAGCCACCUGGUUUUGCAUUUGUUGAUUUUGAUGACAGGAGGGAUGCUCAGGAUGCAAUUAAAGAUUUAGAUGGCAAGAAUGGUUGGAGAGUUGAGUUGUCUCGUAAUGCCAGCAGUGGCCGUGGUGGUCGUGAUCGAUCUGGUGGAUCUGAGAUGAAGUGUUAUGAGUGUGGUGAGUCUGGUCACUUUGCCCGUGAAUGCCGUCUGAGGAUUGGUUCUGGGGGCCUAGGCAGUGGAAGGCGUCGCAGCAGGAGUCGAAGCCGUAGCCGCAGUCGGAGCCCUAGAUACCGCAGGAGUCCAAGCUAUAGCAGAAGAAGCUACAGCCGCUCUCCAAGGCGUCGUAGUGUGUCACCGGCUCGUGGGCGCAGUGUGAGCAGGUCACCAGUCCGUGGACGUGAUGAAUCUCCCGCCUAUGGCAACGGGUAUCGCCGCAGCAGGAGCUAGAGCUGUAUGUUCUGUCUGGAGAGUGUUCUGUUGCAAAUAUUGCUCUAUACCCGUCAGCUAUGAACAGUGUCCUGUCCCCCAUUUGAAACAUCCGCCAUCGACUGCUUGAGUUUGGUUAAGUUCCCCAUAACUUUUACCGCCCUAUUAUGGUUGUGUUUGAUUUUAUCUCUAGAUAAACUUAUGGAUUGGGUGUAUCAUUAACUAAGACCAGCUGUCUUCUCUUUUGUGUGUUAAAAAGGCAUCGUCCUGCACUGCUUAAAA